GUACCGAGGCCGGAUUACGGGAGGGAGAGGAUCCUGCAAGGAGGGACGGCUGAAGCGGGUGCGGCGGCUUUAGCCAUUGGGCGGGGGGGUAACGCAGCGGCGCUGCGGGCGGGCCCUGCGGGGCGGGCGAUGCUAUGUCUCGCGAGCGGCCCCCCCGCACGGACAUCCCCCGCAACCUGAGCUUCAUCUCCUCGCUAACGGAGCGAGCCUACUAUCGCAGCCAGCGGCCCAGCCUGGAGGAGGAGCCGGAGGAGGAGCCAGGAGAGGGCGGGACGCGCCUCGGGGCCCGAUCCCGCGCUCAGGCUUCGAGUCGGGGCCGCAGGGCUCGCUCGGCACCCGCCGGAGGCGGCGGGGCCCGGGCGUCCCGGAGCCGUAGCCCCGACACCCGCAAGAGAGUGCGUUUCGCCGACGCGCUGGGGCUCGAGCUGGCCGCCGUGCGCCGCUUCCGCCCGGGAGAGCUGCCCCGGGUGCCCCGCCACGUGCAUGUCCAGCUGCAGAGGGACGCCCUCCCCCACUUCGCGCCGUGUCAGCCCCGCGCCCGCGGCCUUCAGGAGGCGCGCGCCGCCCUGGAGCCCGUCCGCGAACCCGGCUUCGCCGCCCGUUUGCAGGCGCAGCGCAUCUCUCUGCGUGGGCCCGAGCACCCCGGCAGCGGUGGAACCCCGGAGCCUCAGGGCUGGAUCCACUUUAUUUGAGACGCCUGCGGCCGACUGCGAAGCCACCCGGGGGCGGGGGGAGCCUGAAGAUUUGGCGGGGGGUUGUCCCAGGGAGUCCAGUGGGGAAGAAAUCAAAGGGGUGCGGAAGUGGGAAGAAUCAAAGUUGGGGAGACAGGGUGGAAAACACCAGUUGGGUAAGGGGUGGAAAACCUACUUUUUCUCCAAGACCAUGAUUGACCCACCUUCCUCCCUCAGGCUCUUUCUUCACAGUCUUCUAGAAGGGAGAAGAGCGAAAAGAAGCAGUUCCUGAUGCAGAGGAACAAGGAGCUCCCAGGUAACCAGUUCCCCGUCCCCUUUUCUAUCUCUUACUGAUUUCUCAAAGAAAAUUUCCCGCAGCCCCCUUUUCCUUGUCAUUAAGGGAGAGAGUGCAUGAGCAUGUACCUGUACAUGCGUUCGGAAUACAAUAUAGGGCUUUUUACCAUGCCCCUCCCGUCUAAAGCCUUAAUCCUUUGAAGAAAGAUGGCUGAAAGAGAGGGACUCUGAGUCAUUCCUCAAACAAAUGCCCCUUUAAAUAUCAUCCUUCUGGUGAAGAAAAAAAUUUCAUGCAUCUUAUGGAUCAUCUUCAGGUCAAAGUUCCAGCAGAGUGAAGAGAGAAACUGUACUGGAAGCCACCAACCAAUGCACUUAAUAGUCAUCAAUGAAGAGCCCAAGGGAGGAUAAUGGAGAGGGAGAUUGGGUUGAGGCUCAGUGUGUAGUAAUCUCUUGCUUAAUAUGUAUGCAUUACUGUUAUGUUGUAUUAACAAUUGUAAUAGUACACAUUUACGUAUCCACUAAAAUCUGGUGUCUUGCAUGCAUUAUAAUAUUACCCUGUUUUAGAGAUAGGAAACUCUAAAACCGUAAUUUGUUCAAGAUUACAUAGGUAGUGAAUGCAGAGCUAGGAUUAUGAACCCAGGAAAUCUCCAGAGCCUCUGUGCAUAAUUGUGAUGUUACAUUUUUUUCCUUUAAAAACAAUUUUUUCUUA